CUCUGGUCAGACUGGUGCCGGUGUAUAAACUUAGUGUGCAAGAAGUGUGCUCAUUCGCGAGUAUAAAUAAAUUAAACAGCCAGGCUGGUUCCUCAUCUGGAAGGCGUUUCUAUCGAAAUUUCGUCUGGUUCGCGAGCUGUUGGGUCAGGAGGAGCCGGAGGAUCAGCAACCCCUUGCUUGGGAUCACCAGAAUCAACAGCCACACCAGCACGGCAGAGCCAGGAAAGCUCGCCGAGACUAGGAAGCACAUCUAUACAGCCUCACCAUGAACAUACGCUGCGCAAAACCGGAAGACCUAAUGACCAUGCAGCACUGCAAUCUGCUGUGCCUGCCCGAAAACUACCAGAUGAAAUACUACUUUUACCACGGUCUAACCUGGCCACAGCUUAGCUACGUGGCCGUCGACGACAAGGGCGCUAUUGUGGGCUAUGUCCUGGCCAAGAUGGAGGAGCCGGAGCCUAAUGAGGAGAGCCGCCAUGGGCACAUCACCUCGCUAGCGGUCAAGCGUUCCUAUCGGCGAUUGGGCCUGGCCCAGAAGCUCAUGAAUCAGGCCUCUCAGGCGAUGGUCGAGUGCUUCAAUGCCCAGUACGUGUCCCUGCACGUGAGGAAGAGCAAUCGGGCUGCCCUGAACCUCUACACCAACGCCCUCAAGUUCAAGAUCAUUGAGGUGGAGCCCAAGUACUAUGCCGAUGGCGAGGAUGCUUAUGCCAUGCGACGCGACCUCAGCGAGUUUGCCGACGAGGAUCAAGCCAAGGCUGCCAAGCAGUCGGGCGAGGAGGAGGAGAAGGCGGUCCACAGAUCCGGCGGGCACGGCCACUCGCACAACCACAGCGGUCACGAUGGCCAUUGUUGCUGAACACUUUCGCUGCCGGCGCAUGCUGGUUUCGACGUUUUUUGCAUUUUUGUGCAUUAGGGUUUUGUAAUUAAUUAACAAUAUAAAACGUAACUAAAAUUAAAACAAAAGUAAUGACAAAAAGAGAAUGUUUUUAUCAAUAAAGGGUUUGAAGGCCAACCAGUAAUAAUAAAA